AUGAAGCUUUCAAUCGCAUUGAUCGCCAUAAUUGUUGCUUCAACAUCCGCUCCAGCUCUUGUGAAUGGGCCAACAGUGCUACCAAAGACACCGCUGCCACUUCUGGCGAGACAGAAGGGUCGCAAGGCAAUCUCCAGGAGUCCAGACAUGGUGCUCUUGGCGUGUCUUUAUAAUGGUCGCUCAGUUGAUGACAAUGAAUGGGCUACCAGCGCUACCUCGACCAGCUCAGCAGGCAAUGGCAUUUGCGACAACUCUGACGCAUAUUUACUUGAGCGUCGUCGAGGCCAAUUUGAUGUCAGCAGCUUCAAGCUUUCUGGUAGAAAUGUUGAAUGGAACUAUGGUAAUACUAAGGACAGUGCUGCCUCAGCAGGUGAAAGUGAUCAAAGUGAGGUUGAGCUGCUUAGGAGAAAUAUAAUGUAA